GGAGAGCCCGACUUCCCUCGAACCUCAUUCUCUUCUCUUUCCUCCCCCACAGAGGGCAGCGCGCUCCGUCCUUGCUGGUGCCGCCAUUUUGGAAGGAGUAAGAGCGCAAUAAACACGCUCGCGGUCCCUCUCGUAGAUCAGUCCACUAGCACGCACAGCUCACCGGUACAAUGAGUUCCCCGGUAAAUGUGAAGAAGCUCAAGGUAUCUGAGCUGAAGGAUGAACUGAAGAAGAGGCGCCUUAGCGACAAGGGACUGAAGGCCGACCUGAUGGAGAGACUGCAAGCUGCGCUGGACGAGGAGGGAAGCGCUUGUGGGGAAGGGGGAGUGGCGGCCCCUGGUGAAGCCGAGGAUGUGGCUGAUCCAGAGCAGGCUGCAGCCGGAGAGGAGGAAGAAGAGGAAGGGAUGGAGCUAGGCGGAGAAAAUGGAGGCGAUGGGGCCGAGGAAGUGCCCGACGAGGAGAUCGCUGAAGCUGAGCAGGGAGAUGAGAAUGGAGACGAUCAAGGCUUCCAGGAGGGAGACGAGGAGGAUGAAGAGGAAGAUGAAGGCAUCCCAGUUGGGCUGGAAGAGGAGGAAGAGGACGAGGAGGAGGCGGAAGCGGCUAGUGGAGAGAACGGACAAGACGAGGAGAAGGAAGAGGAUGAAAGCGAGAGUGCGCCCAGCGCCCCACAGCCACUCAUGGCCAUCAAAUGCGACGAGACUGGCGGCGCCGGCAGAAGCGAUGGAAAUGAUUCCAAAGAGAAGAAACGGGGUGUGAAAAGGCCACGAGAGGAUCAUGGACGUGGCUAUUUUGAAUACAUAGAAGAAAAUAAAUAUAGCAGGUCAAAGUCCCCCCAACCACCAGUUGAUGAAGAAGACGAGAAGUUUGAUGACUCUGUGGUACUUCUUGAUACUUAUAAUUGCGAUCUUCACUUCAAAGUUUCCCGGGAUCGAUUAAGUGCAUCAUCUCUUACCAUGGAGAGCUUUGCACUUCUCUGGGCUGGAGGAAGAGCCACUUAUGGUGUAUCAAAGGGGAAAGUUUGUUUUGAGAUGAAGGUUACUGAGAAGAUUCCAGUAAAACACGUAUAUACAAAAGAGACAGAUGUUCAUGAAGUUCGUGUUGGCUGGUCAUGGAGCUCCUGUGGGUACAUGCUCGGAGAGGAGGAAAAUUCCUAUGGUUAUUCUCUGAAACCUGCAAAAUGUUGCAAUGGUGUUGCUGAAGAAUAUGGCGAGAAAUAUGAUGAGAAUGAUGUGAUCACUUGCUGUGCUAAUUUUGAAGAAGAUGAAGUUGAACUUUCUUAUGCAAAGAAUGGCCAAGACCUUGGCGUUGCUUUUAAGAUAAGCAAAGAGAGCCUAUCUGAGCAGGCUCUCUUCCCACAUGUUCUCUGUCACAACUGUGCAGUGGAAUUCAACUUUGGGCAGAUGGCAGAACCAUUCUUUCCUAUCCCAGAAGGCUAUACAUUAAUUCAGAAUGUUCCUUUAGAAGACAGAGUUCGAGCACCUCUGGGACCAGAGCAGAAGCAGGAUUGUGAAGUGAUAAUGAUGAUAGGCUUGCCAGGUGCUGGAAAGACAACUUGGGUAAAUACACACAUUGAAGAAAACCCUGGCAAGUACAACAUACUUGGAACAAACACUAUUAUGGAAAAGAUGACGGUUGGUUGCAAAAAGCAGAUGUCGGACACUGGAAAGUUGACUGCUUUGCUGCAGAGGGCCCCGCAAUGCCUGAGCAAGUUUAUUGAGAUCGCUGCUCGCAAGAAAAGACACUUUAUCCUGGAUCAGACAAAUGUGUCCGUGGCUGCACAGAGAAGGAAAAUGUGCUUGUUUGCUGGCUUCCAACGCAAGGCAGUUGUUGUCUGUCCAACAGAUGAGUUAUAUAAAGAGAGAACCCAGAAAAAAUCUGAGGUGGAAGGUAAAGAUCUUCCAGAACAUGCAAUUCUUAAAAUGAAAGGUAAUUUUACUCUUCCAGAAGCAAGCGAGUGCUUUGAUGAAAUUACUUAUGUUGAUUUGCAAAAGGAAGAGGCUGAGAAACUUAUUGAACAGUAUAAGGAGGAGAGUAAGACGACUCUACCUCCAGAGAAAAAAAUGAAUAUUGGAGCAAAGAAACCAAACAAGAACAAGAAUCCCAAGGGCAGAGGUGGCAUGUCUCAUGGUCAUGGGCACAGAGGCCGAGGUGGUGGAGGAUACAAUAUGCGUGGAGGAAACUUCAGGGGUGGAGCUCCAGGAAACCGUGGAGGAUACAACCGAAGAGGGAAUAUGCCCCAGCGUGGUGGCGGAGGUGGUGGUUCCGUUGGGUAUCCAUACCCCCGUGCUCCAGUCUACCCCACCAGAGGUGGCUAUGGUAACCGUGGAAACUUCAGCCGUGGUGGAGGUGCUGGAAUGUCCAGCCGUGGGAACUACAACCAGAACUUCAGAGGAAGGGGAAAUAAUCGUGGCUUCAAAAACCAGUCUCAGGGUUACAAUCAGUGGCAGCAGCAGGGUCAAUACUGGGGUCAAAAGCCAUGGAGCCAGCAGUACCACCAAGGAUAUUAUUGAAUACCCAAAUAAAAAUGAACUGAUACAUAUUUCUCUUCAAUACCUUCACAAGAAGUCGACUGUUUUUCUUUAGGCUAACUUUUAAACAAAAAAAAAAAACAAACAUUCCACAAGAGGAAGUGCCUGCGGGUUCUUAAUUACUUUCAUUUGGGUUAUUCCCAUUUACUUUUAGUUGAAUUACAUUUUUUUUGUACAUUUUAAUUGCAGUUUUAAAGCGAUGAAUAAGAACCUUAGCAUUGUGCACGAUAAGAAUGUGUCAGUAUUUCAGGGUUCUUCAUUUUUAUCUGUAAUGUGAUUUUUUUUUUUUUUAACCAUAACAAAAGUAAAGAUGUUGCUUUGUAACCGGUGUCUUUUAUUAAGGACUGCAAUGCUAUAAGUGUCCAGGGGACUUUUAGCUGGGAAAUCCUGUCACAAAUUGCCGUUGAAAUGUUGGCAUGUGAAGUUGCCCUUGUUGACUGAUUGGAACUUUGUAUAAACCCGUUUCCUCUCCGUCCUCCUUGCAGGGAAUAAAUACAGGCAUUUUAAGGGUUUCAGGAUAGCUUGCAGCAUUGAAGGGAUGCUUUAUGAAACUUUCACAUGAACCAUAGGGUGUAGUAUGUUUAAAAAGCUGUUUAAUGUAUUUUGCUUUCUGUGGAAACCGCAGAGACUUUAAAUUGUGAAGGUUCAACACCAUUUACUCCGUUUGUUAUGCAUUUUGAUUUUAAGAAAAGGCGCAUUGCCUAUUUCUUAUUAAACUAAAACUUGUUGUAAA